GGCUUCUUGCUUGGAUUGAUUUUUGCAAGCUGCAGAAAGUGGGGGCCAAAGAAGACACGCUCGACUACAUGAGUGAGUACUCCCGCUUCACCAGCGAUGCAGUGAAGGAGCAUCUAAGUGAGCUAUGGGAAAAAUAUGGUGAUCAGAGUAAGGACUCGAAUCAGGCAAUGCCCCUCGUUGAUAUGAUGAAUAAAGGGUCUGCUUACAUGACCAAACUUCCUGGUGAGAUGCGCGAGAGUAUUAGAGCGAAAGUCGACAGCAAUUCCGGCGACUCACUAAUGCUGCUCAUCAUUUCUAAGAUGGCGGAUAAUAUAAAACAGAAGAAAGCUACAAAGAAGCCAAGGGACCUUCCUUCAACGGAGGAGGAUAAUAGGGGGUUAAAGCGUAGCAAAGGGACGGAGAAAGCAGAUGAGGAUCUCCCACCUUCCAAAAAACCUCGCUCGAGCAGAGAUGAGAUAUCUGCAAGAACCUUCCAGGAUAAUAUUGUGAAUGGAGUCGAAAAAUCCCGAUUGCCUACCCAAAAAUCAUCAACCACUUCGGCCGAAGCUACAGUUUGCAACAGCGGAGAGUUCACAAGAGCCAGAGCUCAAGUUCUCCAGUAUGAUUCGCUGGACCAAGAAUUGAAUGGAGAUAGCUGGUCGAAGCGUCUGAGGUCAUUGAAGAAUAAACAUAAUCAAGAGAUAACUCAGAUGCAAGAGCUCUGGCAAGCAGAGUCCGAGAAGCUUAGCAUAAAGCAAGCCGAGGCCCAAGGAACCAUCAGAGAUUUGAGGGCACAAUUAAAACACCUGAAUGAGGCACAAAUGGCUCGCCAAGAGGAGGAACAAAGAGCUUUUAAAAGCGAUGCAAAUAUUUCAUUGGAAACCCGACAAUUUGAAGACCUUGAGGAAAUCUACCGAUUAACCAAAGAGAAUAGAGAAAUGCACAAGUUCUCAGAGUUUGCCGAUUUAGAUUUACCAGGAAGCCUGAAUCUAGGACACGACAUGAUCGACGAUGCGAUGGAUCAAAUACAAUUCGAACUCUCCUCCAUCUCUUGUCAUCACGUUAAUACCCCGCAACUUCUUCCUAAGAUAUUUUCAAUACCAAGCGACUUGCGUAACCUCAUACUUUCGGCUUUCAAUAGUGACAUUGACACUGCUAUAGGGAGAAAUGAAGUCGAGACCAUCACAAAGAAAUUUGGUGCUCAAAUCUGCAUCAGAGCUCUUGUGAUGGCUGCGCUAAGAGAUUGGGUUUUUAUGUCAAGGUUUCCCAAUUUCGCCCCUUCAAACCCUCGCAUUCUAUCAACUUAUAGGCACAUUAUCUCCAGUUUAGGCGGGGAAAGCAAACUUUCCAGCUUGGACAUAGCAGCUCAUCGCGCUCUUAUCGAAGGAAAUUGGCUCAGAGAGGAAUCAAUACCCAAAAGAGCCACAGAUCUAGCGGCCAGGUUCUCCAAUGGAGUCGCUCUCUUGUUUGCAAUCACAUCAAACAAUGAAGAGGAUGGGUUGUUCCACACUUGGGGGGAGCACUUGGAAUGUUGGAAAGACAGGCGAGCACAUCUGCAAGAAAUUUUCCAGACUGCAUUAACCUUGAAAGCCGAUUCUGUUGUAACAAAGUCCCGGUACGGAUUUGCAAUAUAUCCACCAGGUACAACAUUUGUUGGGGAUGGCACAGUUGUGAAAGAAACAAGCAGGCCUAAAAUUGGCAGUAAUUGGAUUUAUGCAUCAUUUCACAUCUACGACGCUGUAGUUAUUGACAAUAGCAAACAGAGCACGUUGGUGGAAACUGAAAAUUUCGUCAAGUUGCCAAAAGCAAGGGCUAGUGCAAAGUACAGCAAGGAUUUGCUAUUUCCCAAAAGAUUGCCUGAAGUUGUUUCCGGCCGUAUCACAGAGGUCGCAGAAACUCCGAUUCCUAAGCAUAAAACUGCGGGACAAUCGAAAGCUAUCUUAGAAGCUGAAGUACCUCUAGAACCAACAGUUCCCCAAAGAAAUGUUGAAAGUUUGAAAGCACACAAAUCUGCUGGAGCAAAAGAUGAUCCGAAAUCUGACCAUAGUGAAGAUCCACCCCUUCCAAGAUGCGAAGAAUGUGGGAAAGAGUUUCAGGCAAUAGCUUCGCUUCGUAGGCACGAAAAGAACAGAAAGUGCAAAGAGUGCCCAGAGUGCGGCAAAAGGUUUGGCCGCGUCGCUGCUCUACAGAAUCACCAAAAAGCCGAGCACAGCGAAUAUUCUGAGUCCAGACCUAAGGAAACCCCCAUAGAGCAGAGACGGGCACACCCUGAGCCGGGCGUCUUAGUGACCCACCAAAAUAAUCGAUACCGUAAAAAUUUUGCAACUGCUGAAGCUACGGAUGCCAGCCCGAAUCGUCAACGCAAUGAGGAUGGCGUAGGAGGCCAACUCAUCAAGGCGCCGCGAGCAGUUUCGGCGGUUGCGCCAAAGGCUAGACCGGCACAAGUAUGCCACGAUAAUCCCAAGCAGAAAAUUCCCAAAGGUGAAAUCGUUGACGGCAAGCCAGAAUGCGAUCUUUGCGGUAACGCGUUCUCGUGCAAGAAUACUCUACAGCGCCAUGUUAAACGAGAGACCUGCUCACUCGAAUGUCCAGAAUGCAAGGAAACAUUCGUAAGCCUCCAGGAAAGACGAUACCACCAGCGCAGGGAGCACAAGUCGGUAGAAAAAGAGCCAAAAGAUCUAACAAUACCUGAACCACAAACUCCGUCGACCCCUCUUAAGAAAAAGGACAAAUCGCACAGCUCAGAUCAGACAAGAACUUCAUCCUCUAACGGCAUUCAAAGCCAUGGCAAAGAUGGUAAGCCUCGCUAUAAGAAAACACCCCGCAAUGAGACCGAAGAUUCAGAUGCAGAUGACAUGCUUUCCCCCUCAGAACUGGUGAAAACAAAACGUGCUCAAAGGAGAAGAUCUACUAGAUCUUCAGAUGAACGAACUGAAGUGAGGGUGAUUGAUAGCCGGGAAUCGCCAGUUCGACCCCGUGGAAAGCGAAGUAAGACUCUAGCAAUAAAGGAAUGAUUGAGGUGGAUCACAGUUUUCAGGGGACCGGUGCUUUGAGGAGAUAUGUUGUUCCCUCUUUCCUUUUGUAGAAAGGAAAAUAGGGCCACGGGCAAAAUUGGGAUGAGAUCCAGCUGGAGUCUUGAACA